CAAAUCGAACAAUAGAUCGAAUAAACGUUUUAUUCUUUCAUAUUUAUAUAUAUUGUGUUUUAGAAAGAGAAAGAAAGAAGGAGAUAUGAUCUGAUUGGUCAAAAGUGAAUUGUACUUUUAUCAAUUGCUACGCGUGUCGCGUUUAUGAUAGUGUAUUAGUAUUGUGUGUAUAAGAGAACGAGAGGGUGAGAGAGAGAGAGAGAGAAGAAAGACCGAACUUUAGCACAUACGAGUGAAAAGUAUAUAGUUAACAACAACGUUAAACGAAGGAACGAACGAACAAACGAGCGGAAAGAUAAGGAACGCUACAAAUUAGAGUAAAUCUUUCCCUCCCUUAUGUACAAAGAGGUAACUACGAACGAAUCGAUGCUUUAACGAACAGCCAAAAUGGAAGAGCAAAGCGUUCACAGCAGUAUCAGUGAUAUAAAUAGUGAGGAAGCCGUUAGAAGUGAGCCUCUAGUGAUACCACGUAAGAAAAGAAUAUGUUUAGUUGGUACUGCUGGUGAUGAUCCUGCUCUGGGUGCAGCUGCACAGCAAUUUAGUGUUCCAGUAUUGAAAUCGGAAACAGGACUGGAAUAUAUAGAAGAUACUGCAUAUUGCACUUAUUUUAUACUCAAAGAAUUUGAGGGACCUGAAUAUGAUGCCCUACAUAAAAGUGCUCAUAGGAUAUUGGGACCAACAGCACUUUUGCAGUUGGCAGAAAAGAAGGACUCAUUACCUAGUAUUAAAAGGCCAAUGUACACACAAGCCAUGGUUGGUGCAGUUGUUGUCUUUACAGGAUUUAGAAAAAAGGAUGAGUUGACGAGAUUAAUCAAUAUGAUACACAACAUGGGUGGUAGUAUUAGAAAAGAAAUGGGUACAAAAGUGACGCAUCUUAUUGCUAAUUGUUGCGGCGGUGAAAAGUAUAGAUAUGCUGUUGUAUUCAGAGUACCCAUUAUGUCGAUGAAUUGGGUGACUACUCUCUGGAGUACUAGAGAUGACGUUUCCAGUUAUGGAAAUAACGAAGAAUUGAUAACAGCUCAUAAGCUAAAACCAUUUUUUGGUGCAAGAGUGUGUUUCUUUGGUUUUCCUGAAGAAGAAAAGAAGCACAUGUGUGAAGUGUUACAACAACAAGGUGGUGAGCCAACAGAAAUUGACGACCCUAAUUGUACGCAUGUGGUUGUGGAUGAAUCAAAUGUAAAUACAUUACCAGAUUUGGCAUCUGUAAAAGCACACGUUGUAAAAGCAGAAUGGUUUUGGACUUCCGUUCAAGAUGAAGGAGCAGCCGAUGAAAAAGAUUAUUUAUUUGAAGAUUAUCUAGAAUCAGUACUAUCACCAAGCGCAUCGGUCAGACGAGAUAGUCAACAGACAGCUACACCAAGUACAGCAUCCACAAGACGAAAGCGUAAACGACUUGCUGAAACUUUAUCUAGUUUGGUUCAAAAUGGAACUGAUUCACCAGCUGUGCACAAAAGACGAUCUAGCGUCAGUGAUGCUGGGCAUCUAAGUGUGAGUGGUAGUUUUCUUGACUGCACAGCGAGUUCUGAUAAGCAGUUGCUUGAUGAUAUUCCAGAGGUAGAAGCUGUUAACGCAGACGGUGCUAGGAAAAAUCGAUCUCCGCGUCAUCAAGUUUUUCUUGAAUUAGUGCAAACAGAAUCUAAUUAUGUUGGUAUUUUGAGCACUAUUAUGACGUUAUUUAAAUCACCAUUGGAAGAUCUUACGGAAACUAGCGGGGAAUUAGUAAAUAGUACAGAAGUUAAAAUUAUAUUUGGUAAUUUUCCACCAAUUUAUGAGGUCCACAAAAAGAUGUUGGAAGAGUUGCGUUAUAGUGCUACUUAUUGGACAGAAGAUGUUAGUAUAGGUAAUAUAUUUCUGAAGUUUGCACCUGACCUAGUCAAGGCAUACCCUCCGUACGUGAAUUUCUUCGAAAAUACUAAGGAAAUGCUAGACCAAUGUGAUCAAACCAAGCCACGUUUUCAUGCUUUUCUGAAGAUCUGUCAGACUAAACCUGAAUGUGGCAGACAAAGUUUGAAAGAACUCUUAAUAAAGCCAGUACAGAGGUUACCCAGUAUUAGUUUAUUAUUAAAUGAUAUCCUCAAGCACACAAGUAAAAGUAAUCCAGAUUAUGGUGCGUUGGAGUUAUCAAUUAGCAGUAUUAAAGAAGUUAUGACUUAUAUCAACGAGGAUAAAAGAAAAACAGAAGGUCAAUUAGCAAUGUUUGAUAUCUUUAACGAGAUCGACAAUUGCCCACCACAUUUAGUAUCCUCGCAUAGGUCGUUUAUUGGAAAAUGCGAUGUAAUGGAACUUAGCGAAGGUUUAAGUGGUCGCGGUGAUCAUUUAGUUCUAUUUCUCUUUACGGAUAUUUUAGAAAUUUGUAAGAAAAGAUCGAAAGCUUUCAAUUCAUUAAAGAGUCCCAAUACGGCUAAUGGAUUGCAUUCUGCUAAAUUAAGCCAAGGAAAACCAUAUAAGCAUAUCAAAUUAUUACCCCUAAGUACUAUUAGAAAAGUGGUGGAUAUUCGAGAAACCGAAGAAUGUCAAAAAGUAUUUGCAUUAAUGGUAAGAAGUAAUCAGGAAUUAAAGGAGAAAUUAUUUUCCUUUACAAUUAUCGAUGAAGAUGUAAACAAAACGAAUUAUUUACGUACUUUGUGUAGACAAAUGGCUAAUACAGUUUGUAAAGCUGAUGCGGAUACCUUCCUGAUAAGUCUUGAUUCGCAUCAGCUGGAAAUUGAUACUAGUGAUGUAGCAUUAGGAACAUUAAGUAAAGCAUUUAAGAGCCUAUUUCAUAAUUUUUACCUGGAGUAUAUGGACCCGUAUGUGUUCCUACUCAAUAGCAUGUGUGAAACUACGUUACAUGUCCCACUACCGUUUGCAUCUCGUACGAGGAGGAAAGUUGGUCGAGCGUUUAGUUUUAACAAGACACCUAGUAAAUUAAAGAGGGCUAUGUCUACGAUGAUGUCACCUUUUGGAUCAACGAAUAGUCUCACCCCAGCAAGCCAACAACUUGCCCAAAUGCGACUUGCUAGUUGCAACAAUAUUAACGAACUGGGUAAUGGUGGUUCAGACUCGCCCACUAGAGAUGAUGUUCUAGUGGCACCCAUGUCGGUUCAACCGACUCGAAAGGCCAAAUGCAGCUCCCUCAGUAUGGCUUCACUUCGAAGAAAUUGUUCAGAAGUGGUUGUUCAAGACAAGUCUGAUCUUUGAGAAGCAGAUCGUCGUCUAUAUCACAUAUAUAGCUCCUUGCUCUUAUUUUCGUUCAAUCUCAGUGAAGUCUCAGUGAAGUCUCAGUGAAGUCUCAGCAAAGUCUACAAUGGAAAUUGACUCCUUGGUUAAUUUUAUGAAACAUAUUCAAAAGAAAAACGAUGAAUGCAAAUGGUGCUUUAUAUUACCACUUAUAUUACCAUUAAAUUGGAUUUUCCAUUUUUGUUGCCAUAUGUUGCUUUAUUAUACGCAUCUCAUAGGAGUAAAAUCAGAUGAUUGCUUAAUAUGCUUAAAUAAUUUUUAUGUAAUCUUAUGUAUAACAUAGUAUAUGACUAAAGUUAAUCAUUUGCAAUGCUAUUUAUUCAUCCCUUAAUAUCUAUGAUUCUAUUUGAUUUUACGAAUAUUACAAAAAGGUAAUUAUUUAGCUAAAUUUAUUUUAAAUGAAAGCAAUUUUUAGUUUUUAAACGACAUAAUUAACAAAUCAUUAAUACGCACAACGUAACUUUGCAACUAUAUAUAAUAGACAUUAGAAUAUAUUAAAAGAAUAAACACAAUAUACGUGAAAUUAUCAUCUACAUUGGACCACAGAAGAAAAUAUAUAUUAUGCUUAUUGCAUAUUUAUAUAUAGCGAUGGAUUAAAUGAUGAAUAAAAGUUGACCUUUUCUAUAUUGUAAUAUUUUCGAUAUACAAUAAUUACUUUUACGAAACAUAUCAUUACAAUAAUUCUUGUACUUUUUAUUAGAAGCGUGUGUGAUAUAUA